AUGCCUACAAAUUAUGGCACUGAUAGCGGGGCAACAGACCAUAUUACAUCCAUUCCUAAUUCUUUAUCAAAUCUUGUUCCUACACCUUCGUUUCGUCCUGUGAAAUUACCUAACGGUGAACAUGCUCCCAUUCAUUCAAUUGGGGAUUUUUCUUUUAAUUCUAAUAUUCGUCUAAAUGAUGUGCUUUGUGCUCCAAGUUUUAAUGUUAAUCUUAUUUCAGACUUGGUUACGAAGAAGAUAAUCGGCUUGGGUAGGGAGCAUAACGGUCUCUAUUACCUCACUCCAAAUUUAGCCACUAAACCUUCACAUAUUUCUUCUGCCAAUCAUGCAGUCAUUUCUUCCACCUUGUGGCAUCGACAUCUUGGUCAUCCUUCUCCAAAUCGCUUGCAAUUGCUAGCCAAAACAAUUCUUGGUGUUUCUUGUAGGGUAGAUAAACAUCAUGAUGCAGUGCUUCCUAAUGUGAUUCCUGAAAAUGAUAUCCCUCAAGAACCCUUGUCUGCAUCUAGGGUUUCUCCCAUUGAAGACACUAUUCCUCAAGUUGACAAUUCUUUAUCUCCAGACGUCUUGUCUGACCAUAAGACUUAUCCCAAUGAUCAGACACCUCCAUCACCAUCUCCAUAUCAUUCAUCUCCUCUACUUGAUAACUCUUCACCUUCAUCACCAUCUUCACCUCCUUCUCCUCCAGUACCUAAUGAGGAUAUUGUCCCUGCACUUCGCCGCUUAGAAUGCAUUAGAAAACCAAAUGUCAAACUAAAAGAUUAUGUUUGUUCUCAUGUUGUGUUGCCUACCCAUGAAGAUUCAUCGUCUUUGUGGCCAUUUCUUAAUAAAGGUACGCGUUAUCCGCUUUCUAAUUACAUUUCCUAUCACAGUUUUUCUUCAUCUCACCGUUCCUUUAUUGCCAAUAUUACUCGAAAUGUGGAACCUAAUAGUUUUGCAGAGGCCAUAAAAAAUUCUCAAUGGCAAGAAGCAAUGACAUAUGAAAUUCAAGCUUUGGAAGCUAACAACACCUGGAGACUUACUCCUCUUCCUCCCGGCAAGCAACCCAUUGACUGUAAAUGGGUGUACAAGAUCAAGUAUAAUUCAGAUGGCACCAUUAAAUGUUACAAGGCCCGCCUCGUUGCCAAGGGUUACACUCAAGUUGAAGGGGUGGAUUAUUGUGAGACUUUCUCACACACUGCCAAGCUCACCACAUUUAGUGUCUCCUUGCUAUUGCUACCUCCCGAAAUUGGAGUCUUCAUCAAAUGGACAUACAAAAUGUGUUCCUUCAUGGAAAUGGAUCCUCCUGCUGCACUUCUGUGUGAACUUCGUCCGUACCAAAAGCAGGCUCUUCAUUGGAUGAUCCAACUAGAAAAGGGAAAAUGCAUGGAUGAGGGAGCAAUGACUCUUCACCCUUGUUGGGAGGCAUAUCGUCUUGCAGACAAGAGGGAUUGUAUUAUAUAUUUGAAUGCAUUUUCUGGAGACGCAACAACAGAAUUUCCAAGCGCACUUCAAAUGGCCAGAGGAGGAAUCCUAGCUGAUGCUAUGGGCUUGGGGAAGACGAUAAUGACAAUAGCACUCCUUGUUGCUCAUUCAGGACAUGGAUCAUCGGUUAGUCAACCUAUGAGCCGGUCCUCCGGUGAAGAUAUUGAAGCCAGUGACACGUCAGACCAUUCAUCAAAACUCCCAAAGUCGGUCACAAAGUUUUCAGGAUUUCAUAAGUUGAUGAAGCAAAAAAACACGCUUACAUCUGGGGGCAGUUUGAUUGUAUGUCCUAUGACCCUUCUUGGCCAGUGGAAGGCAGAGAUUGAAUCUCAUGUGCAACCUGGAUCUGUAUCAGUAUAUGUUCAUUAUGGACAGAGUAGACCAAAGGAUGCGACUCUUUUAGCCCAAAGCGAUGUUGUGAUAACUACAUAUGGCGUUUUAGCAUCAGAAUUUUCUACAGAGAAUUCUAAGGACAAUGUGGGACUUUACUCAGUUAGUUGGUUUAGAGUGGUUCUUGAUGAAGCGCACACCAUAAAAUCCUCUAAAAGCCAAAUCUCUAUUGCUGCUGCUGCUUUAGUUGCUGGUCGCCGAUGGUGUCUUACUGGCACCCCCAUACAGAACAAUCUGGAGGACAUUUAUAGCCUACUCCGGUUUUUGAGGGUAGAACCUUGGGCGAAUUGGGCUUGGUGGAAUAAACUCAUCCAGAAACCCUUUGAGGAGGGUGAUGAGAGAGGAUUAAAGCUGGUUCAAUCUAUCUUAAAGACGAUUAUGUUAAGGAGAACCAAGUUUAGCACUGAUCGUGAAGGCAGGCCUAUUUUAGUCCUUCCUCCUGCUGAUAUUCAGGUGGUUUACUGUGAACUCACAGAAGCUGAAAAAGACUUUUAUGAGGCCUUGUUUAAAAGAUCAAAGGUGAAAUUUGAUCAAUUUGUUGAGCAAGGACGGGUUCUUCAUAAUUAUGCAUCCAUAUUGGAAUUACUUUUACGCCUUCGCCAAUGUUGUGAUCACCCAUUUCUUGUGAUGAGUCGAGGUGAUACACAAGAAUAUUCAGAUCUGAAUAAGCUUGCAAGACGUUUUCUAAAAGGCAGCCAGAAUUCUGUGGAAGGGGAAGCCAAAGAUGUGCCUUCACGGGCUUAUGUUCAGGAAGUUGUUGAAGAAAUGCGCAAGGGGGAACAGGAAGAGUGUCCCAUAUGUCUUGAAGCAUUUGAAGAUGCAGUAUUGACACCUUAUGCUCAUUGCUUAUGCCGAGAAUGUCUCUUGGCAAGUUGGCGGAAUUCAACUUCUGGCUUAUGCCCGGUUUGCAGGAAGAGUCUAAGUAAGCAAGAUCUUAUUACAGCACCAACUGAGAGUCGGUUCCAUGUUGAUAUUGAGAAAAACUGGGUGGAAUCAUCCAAAAUAGUUAUUCUUUUGCGUGAACUUGAAUGUCUUCGUUCGUCAGGCUCAAAGAGCAUUGUCUUCAGCCAGUGGACAGCCUUUCUGGACCUCCUGCAGAUACCUCUUUCUCGGUACUAAUGACCACUUAUUAAGCUUUUUGAGAAAUACUUUGGUUUGUGAGUGCAUGAAAAUGCUGAAGAUUAACUAAUCUCUUUUUAGAAAUUAAAGUCAAUGUAUGCUCUUUGUACAAGAAGACUAUCUUGGAACACAUGCAGGCCUUGUAUGUACUCUAGUUUCACCAUAUGAAGGAACCAAUAACCUCGUUGUUUAUUAAACUUCAAAAGUUGAAUGGUCCUGACAUGAAUUAUGAUA